CAGAUCCAGUUAGAGUGUUCAGAGAUGCUUUUUGUGGCCUUAGAUCAAGUUCAUAGCUACUCCAUUCUGCUUCCUCCUGUAGGAUGUAAACUGAAAAAAGCAAUUUCUGUAAUGAUGCUUGUUCUUAACUAUGCAUGCUCAUUUACUACCAGUGUACGGUCACAAGAUUGGAGGUGUGAACACUGUAUUUUUGGUGUUCCGCAUCACACCACAGCAAUGGUUGUAUAAGGUUUAACAAGAACUCACGUCAUUAGCAUGCCUCAUUUACUCCCAGCGUUUUCAUGCCAAUAAUAGGAUUCGUGUCCUUAAAGCAGGUUACCAGAUUUUUUUUAUCCAAUGACAGGCUUUUCUGAGAAGAUUGUAGAACUUAUCUAAGAUUACUAUGUUUUCAAAGCCUAGGCAAAUUGCACAGUCAAAGGGAGUACUCCAGAUAAGCAAACUAGGCAGUAAUAAAGCCAAUGAAUGCCUUGCACGUUUUAUUUUGCACCAGGAUUUGGAAUCCAGGUACCUGAUCACUUUUUUUUAUUCUAAAGGGCCUGAGGUUUCGUUUUCCCAGCAGAUGGUGCUGCUUUGCUGUGUAUUGGAGAUACCAUGGUUCAUCUUUCUGUCCCUGCAGUGUGUUGGUCUUCCAAGUACUACUGCAGAGGGGACUGGUAAUAGGAGUCUUGUGACUCACCUGGUAUUGAUAGAGCUUGGUGGAACCAUCCAGAAUGUCUGUCUGUGCUGGAAUGGCAGGCUCAAGUGUUUGUCAGACGUCCCACAGACUAUAAAUGAGGUGCAGCGUGGAUAGUUGCAGAAAUCAGACAGGAACAAAUCGCAAGCCAGGGCACCUGCAUCAAGCAGAUUUUGUGUUCAUGCUGUUAUUUAUUUAUUUAUUUACUUACUUAUUUAUUUUAUAAAUCUUUAGUUGCCUGUUGUUCGAGUAGGUUCAGCAACCAGAAAAAGAAAACAAAAACCCUACUCCUGGGUGAUUUUCGCAAAAUGAAAGUUUUAAUUUGGGGUGAAGCUAUGUUUAAACGUAACGAGUGUCAUGGUGGUGUGGGGCACUUUGACGACUACAGUGCACACUUCUCGUUCCGAAUCCCACCAAAUGCCUAACUAUACAUAUUGGUCGAGCUGUGAUCUAGCACAGUGUUUUUUUUUUUUUACUUAUUGGAUUGAUUAGUGUGAACUGAUGACCGAUGAUUUAUGCAGCUAUGUGGAAACCCAGAGGAAACCUAAUAAGUCAAGUACAAACACUAUAUGGCCAAUAGUAUGUGGAUACCUGACUAUCACACCCAUAUGUGGCUCUCCCUCAAACUGUUGCCAUGAAGUUGGAAGCACACAAUUAUAUAGGAUACUGUAGCAAUACAAUUUCCCAUAACUGGAACUACCCCAUAUAAAUCAAGCUCCAUUAAGACACAGUUAGCCAAGGUCGGAGUGGGAGAACAGUCGUGACCUCCUCAGAGCCCUGACGUCAACCCCACUGAACACCUCUUGGAUGAAUAAACAUGCGAACUGUGUCCCAGGAUUCCUCACCCGACAUCAGUGACAUCACUAAUGCUCUUGUGGCUGAAUGAGCACAAAUCCCAACAGCCACGCUCCAAAAUCUAGUGGAAACCCUUCCCAGAAGAGUGGAGGUUUUAUUAUAACAGCAAUGGGGAACUGAAUCUGGAAUGGUUUAGUGGCUACCAUUUUUAGCUUAGUAAACCAUGGGAUUUGGUAGCAUGCUGGAACUUUCAAUGCUGGUGGGCUAAUUAAUAAUUUUUACUGUCUGGGAUUAUAUUUGUAGUUAUUUGUAAAAAAGUGAUUGCACACAUCAGUUUGUAGUCAGUGGCAUUGUUAUCAUUACUGAAGUAAUUGGACAGGUUCUUAAGCCUUGUAUUUUUCCACCAUUCUUGCAUUAUUAAGAUGUACUUCAUAGCCACUCAACACGCUAAGUCAGCUUACUAAGAGGCUUUACCACACUCCUAAUCAAACCGAACCGUGGGGUGCGAGAUAAAGAACCCAGGCUGAAGGCGGAUUCACCAAGUAUGAUGUUUGAUUCAUAUAAAGGCAUCUCUGCUUGGGGUCUUAACAGGUUUACAGGUAGUUUACAUACCCUGUGUAGAAUGACAUCAUGCUGCUAGGUGCUUUUAUAGCAGUUUCUGUGUAAUAAAACGAAUGAUAGCUACAUGAACACUCGUACCAGGCACUGAAACUACUUUAAUGGAUGGCAAUAAAAAAAAAAAAAUUCCCUCCCUGUCCGACUGAAUAUAACCCUUCAAGGAAACUAGAUCAAAUUAUUUCGAGUUCAGUUUAGCCAACCAAUAGCUGGGCAAUAUGAUGAUAUUAUAUUGAUAUACUAAGUUAUAAAUUUGCCACAGUACACUUUUCUGAGAUAUUGCGGAUAUUGUCAGUAUAUUUAUAACAGUUUUAUAUUCAUAUUUAUUUAAAAAAAUGUUUAUUGUAGGUGUUUUUAUUAUAUCGCCCACCCCAGCUGAACCUAUUUUUGUUUGGGAUGGGAGGUGUAGAAGGUCGUAGCGCAUAUUAAAAUUCUGAAAUCGUGCUUUGUAUUUGGAGUUCUGUAUUUCAAGCUGAGGUGGUGUUUAUUCUGUUUCUAAUGCUGUGCUUUUUAAUGUGGAGCAGUAUGCUGCUUUAUCAGUGAUCCGAGCUUCAAGUGUUAUCUCUGAGGAUUGCAGGAGUCUUGUCAUAGUACAGAGGUCCAGUCAGAGUCUCUUGCGAGUGUUGCACAUUGCUUCAUACGACAUGUGGAAGUGUGACUGCAGCGUGUGUGCUCUGUCAUGGCCUGUGCCGGGAGUGUGCUCGCUGUCAUGGUGGAUCGUCUAGAGGUGUCUGGCUUGGCCGCGUCCCCGAACGCUCUGUCCAGCAGCUCAGAUGGCGGUGGUGCGUACGGCAUAGACUCGGUGGACAGUACUCCCGACCCGCAGCGCACCAAACAAGCCAUUUCACAGCUGCAGCAGAAGAUCCUCAAGCUCACGGAGCAGAUCAAGAUCGAGCAGACGGCACGUGACGACAACGUAGCCGAGUACCUGAAGCUGGCCAACAAUGCUGACAAACAGCAGAGUGCACGCAUCAAGCAAGUAUUUGAGAAGAAGAAUCAGAAGUCAGCACAGACCAUCCAGCAGCUACAGAGGAAGCUGGAGCAUUACCACCGCAAGCUGAGGGAGGUGGAGCACAACGGAAUCCCGCGCCAGCCCAAAGACGUGCUGCGUGACAUGCACCAGGGCCUGAAGGACGUCGGCGCCAAGGUGACCGGAGGUCUCUCCAGCUUCUCCCAGGCCACUCACUCAGCUGCAGGCGCUGUUGUUUCGAAACCCCGUGAGUUCGCCUCGCUCAUCCGCAACAAAUUCGGCAGUGCGGACAACAUCUCGUCCCUAAAAGACUCUCUGGACGAGACGCAGGGUGACGAGGCCAUGCCAGGUGUGGUACCAGGGCCCGGGGCAUCAGCCACUAGAGCCCUAGCACCUGGACAUUUGCAGUCCAGCCCCAAGUACGGCAGCGAGGACGACUGCUCGAGCGCCACAUCAGGCUCGGCAGGUGCCAACAGCACCACCGGAGCCCCCGGAGGACCCCCGAGCUCUAAGGGCAACAUGCUGGAGCAAGGCCAGGCCUCAGGGCUUGACACUCUGUUUCAUGAGAUCCAGGAGUUGCGGGAGAACCAGAGCCGGCUGGAGGAGUCGUUUGAGAAUCUGAAGAGCCACUAUCAGAGGGAUUACACGCUUAUCAUGCAAGCCCUGCAGGAGGAAAGAUACAGAUGUGAACGUCUAGAGGAGCAGCUGAAUGAUCUCACAGAGCUCCAUCAGAAUGAAAUUCUCAACCUGAAGCAGGAGCUGGCCAGCAUGGAAGAAAAAAUCGCGUACCAGUCUUAUGAACGGGCCAGGGACAUACAGGAGGCGCUGGAGGCCUGCCAGACACGCAUCUCGAAGAUGGAGCUUCAGCAGCAGCAGCAACAGGUGGUACAGUUGGAGGGGUUGGAGAACGCCACGGCACGCACCCUGCUCGGCAAGCUCAUCAACAUUCUGCUGGCUGUCAUGGCUGUCCUGCUGGUGUUCGUGUCGACGGUGGCAAACUGUGUGGUCCCGCUUAUGAAAACACGCAGCCGCACGCUUUCCACGCUGCUCCUCGUCAUCCUCCUGGCCUUCCUCUGGAGGAACUGGGAGGCCAUUUCACAGUACCUGGACCGUUUCUUACUGCACUCGAGAUGACCUGCACGGAAAGAGAUAUCGGCUUUAUGAAGGGAAAGAAAGGACGGGGCCUGUCGAAGGGCCCGGAGACAAACGCACUGCCUCAGCCACUAUAAGCUCCAGACGAAGGAGCGCAACGGGGAGCGCAAGAGAGAGCUCACUGAUGAUUUUGAUGCUUUGUUCCUUACUCAAGAGUGAAUUUGUUUACAUUUUGAUGAAGAUCUUUUUUUUUCUGUCUACUGAAAAAAAAAAUUGUAAUGCAGAGUUGUUGUUUUUUUUUUUGGUUGUUUUUUUUUUUGGUUUUUUUUCCUUUGGUGUUGAAAGUGAUGCAAGUUGUGUUGCUUGAUGUCCUUGUAUAAUUAUAGUAAGAGUAUAAAAUUUAUGCAAAUAACCAGGAUCUGGUUUUGCGGCACUGAAAUAACACUGGACUGUGUCGAGUACAAACAGGAUGACGUUCUCUUCAUCAGCAUAGCCUUCAUCACUAUCAUCACUCAGCUUGUUUCCCUUUCUAAGCCAUGCAGUCUGCUUUUACUCUCUUCCUUCACCAUAAUUUCCUCUCUCUCUCUUUUUCUCUCUGUCUCUCUCACUAUGCACAUCUGUCUUUCUCUAAAUCUCUCUUUCUCCCUGCUGCGGUGUGCCCUAUUCCUAUUCCUCUUUCUUAUGACCCUUUGCCGCUGACAGGACUUCUGCACAAUCAUCACUGGAAGAAAUGGCUUCAGCUUGUGCAAGUGAGUUUUGCGUUUGAUUAGCUGGGCUGUACUGGACCGGGCCACGGAAUAAGAAAGUUCUUGGCCUAUCAAAGACCCAGGCUUCCCUGCCUUUGCUUCUCUAGCCCUGCCCAUUUUGCCCCCUGUUGGCCUGCUCUGAUCGAGGCACUGCCUCCAACCUAUAAACAGUAUGAACAUACUUGAAGAGCUUGAAAGGCUCAAAGACUAUCAGUGCUUCCGUACUGUUUCUUAUAGCGACAAUGAAAUAGUCCUUUUUAGUUUUUAUUUUUUAAAAAUUAAAUGAAUAAACGGGCCAUUUUAAAAGUGAA